UGUCGAGUUGCCGCGGUAGUAAGUGAAGAACCUUUGACGGGAGAUGAUGCGCACGUACCGCCGCUCCUCAGUUGUGAGUGCAGUGAUGUGCUAGUGCGUGUAGUGCCCAGUGUGCAUUGAUUAGGCCUUAUGGCGGCACCGGACAACAGUCCACACCUUAAGCGUGUGUUGCGCAGUUAUCAAAAUAGUGCGAUGUCCAGUCUCCAUGGGCCGGGACCUAACUGUUACUUAAACGACACGGGCAGGAUGGGCGUAAGUAAAAAGCUGGCAGAUUGUGACGAUGACCGCCCCUCCAUCAAGCAGCUCGACGCCACCACCAAACACGAGUUGUACCGCGGGUUAAGCUACAAGAAGGCGCUCCUCUACGAGGUGGACCAUAAAAAGAGCAAGGUCGAAAAUGGUCCUCGUCGUUGCAUUGUUGAUAUUGAAAGUAGGCGGCUUCCAACAUCCAGUCCGCCCACCAACCACACGCCCACGGUUGGUCCACAGCCCACCCAGCCCGACUGUAAAGACACCUCUGUAGAUAUCACCACCACCACCACAACCACUGCCAGCCUCGUCCGUAACUCUGCCAGCGACACUGCCACCACCUGCAACUCUGCCAACAUCACCACCAGUGCGUCUGACUCCACCACCGGAGUGGAGGAGUCGUGGGUGGAACCCGGAGUGUUUUUAGCCCCGGCGCCCUUCCCGCCGCAACCUUGGCCGGUGCUGGCCGCGGCAGACAAGGGUUCUCCUGGUGCAGGUUGGGUUCGGGAGACCCUGCUUGAUGGGGAGCCCAUCACGUGUUUUAACGUGGGCGGAGAAAUGCGGCUGUGUUUGCCGCAAAUCUUGAAUACUGUCCUGCGAGACUUUUCCCUGAGCCAGAUCAACGCUGUGUGUGAGGAACUGCGUAUAUAUUUGGAUGGCUGUAACGAGGCUCAGCUGGACGCCCUCAGGGUAGCAGGCGUCCUUCCCCACUCCGCCCCUUCCUGCGGCCUCAUCACUAACACAGACGCCCAGAGACUUACUCAAGCCUUGCUGUACGCCCAUCCCACCCGCGCCCCUGUCUCUGACCCUUCUAAGCCUCAGGAUCACCCAAAGCUGCGUGUGUAUCACACCUGCUUUGGUAAGUGCAAAGGGCUGGUGUGGGACGAUCUGUACACCAACCCCAACGCCGCCUGCAUUGAGUGCGAGGAGUGCCAUGGCCUGCUGCCCCCGGCACGCUUUGUCUGCCACGCCCACAGGUCCCUUGAGAACCAGACCAUUCACUGGGGAUUUGACGCAGAGCAGUGGCGGACCUACCUUCUAUUGGCCAAGGACCAACAGCUUCCCCUUGAAAAGGCCGAAGCACAAUUGAAAGGUUUCAAGAGCAAGUUUGACCCUGUCGGUGCAAACUACAAGCGCAAACAGGUACGUGUGAGUGUUGGCGCCGCGGAAGUGACACCAGCUCUCCGCCGCCGCCCCCGCCCCCCAGCCGCCCAGGAUCGCGUGGAGACUAAGGAGGAGCUCCCGAAGAAGGUUCGAGCGGAAGAGGCGCCGACCCCCUACACCACAUAUGAUCCGAUGCUUUCCUACAUGUGGCGGUGCGCCCCCAUGGUUCCUCCUUGGACGGCCGCCCCACUCGUCACGCGUGACGGCAAACCGCUGCCCCCGCCGCCCCCGGCCUUUGUCAGGGACAGUGUGCCAGCGCCGUUACCUGCAUACCUGAGUCAGGGGCCGCCCGUCCUUGCUGAUCCCGGACGCGUGGUGCCGCUGUCCGACUCCCAAAAGUUCGAGCGCCAUUACCAGCCUAAUGUUGCUCUCGCUCCUCCCAAGGUUAGGGACAAAACCCUCCGCAACUCACUGCCUCACUCAGAUCACUGCCAUGACGUCCCUAUUAAGCACCAAAUGUAUGCGAUUGAAGACUGCAUCAAACGAGAGAACUCCCCAACAGUACUGCCAUGCUCCCAGCCCUCCUCACAACAUUCUGUUGUCAGCAAACUCACCCAGACCAACAACCACUACCACAAUCCACACCACCAUCACCACCUCCCAAGGAAGCUGUGCAGUCCAGACACCAGUGGGCGGCACCCGGAGCUGGAGCUCUCCACCACAGAUUCUGACACAGAUUCUGUGGGCUCCUUAGCCAAUCAUAGUGAGACUGUGGAAGAGGCUGAGGGGUUGUUGCGGGGUUGGUCUGAUAGGGCAGCUGCAGGCAAAGUGAGACAACUUGUGGCUAACCUGGUGGCUGAUCUUGCUGCCAGUAACAGACAAAAGGCAGCUCUGAAGCAGCGUAUGGAGGCACAGACUCGAGACCACAAUCAUGCUGUUGCCACUCUACAAAGCCAGAUCUUGGCAUCUACUCAACUUAGCAAAGAGAGUCAGUUCCGUGAAAAGCUGUGUGUGAUGGAGGAGGACCUGCGUGCCCGAACCACCCACUCUGUGAUAACUCCCAUCUCCCCUGUUAAGACAGAGCCCAGUGAAGUCAUUGACACAUGUUAGACUACCACUUGUGCACUGGCUCAUGCUGUCCCCAGUACCACAGUACAAAUGUGGCGCUGAAGUGCCGCCCGGGCUCCUUGCUGCUGUUGCUGCUAAUACUGCCGCCGGGCACCUGGGCCCAGGCUGCUGCUGCAGACCCGUGGCUGGUGUGGCUGCGGGUGGCCGCCCCUCACCAGCUUCAUGCCUCUCACUCUCAGUGUUGGGUGGGUGGAGGCCGCGCCAUGAUCUCAGCCCGUACUCACCGCAUGGGUCUCACUUGGUGCUACGCCACAGCCGCGUGUCGGGCGGUGCCACUAGCCGUACAUGGUGCUCAUGUACAGAAGUGUACAGUGGCUUGGUGGUGAUGCCCGGCACCAGGACGCUCUGGGGGCCUAAGAGGGGCACACUGUCCCUGAGGGCCUAGGAAAAGCAAGUACAAACGCAUAAGUUAAUGAAUCUGCUUUUUUGGGGAAGGUUUAUUGUAAAAAUAUAAAUAUUAUAUAAAAGGUUUACUUUAUGGUAAGCCAACUGCCUGGUGAGUGGCAGGGGUAGUGAGGGAGGCCGGCUCACUAACAUGUCUGCUCCACUACUCCUGCUGCCAACCCUCAGCCACGCACGCGCGCACCAGCCCAGUGAUGACUGUCCCCGCAUCAGCUAUGCAGUGUUGAAUCGAGUCAGAUGUUGCUUGAAGCAUCUCACGUUGGUGGAGCACCGGCCGAGUGCCAUGACCGCCGACCCACAAAACUGGCGUACCUGCCCAUAAAAGUUGUUGCCACUUGAAGAGAUUUAUAGUUGUAUUACUGAGGGUCUGUGGUCAUGGCACCCUCUGGGGCUGCUUAUUUGUGUUCAUCUAUGUAACUAGUUAAUUAUUGAUAUGUGUAAUGAUCAAAUCUUACACUUUUAUGUUAUUUAUAAUUCUCUUCUGUGGUAGUACACAUGGAGCCGUGCGUGGAGGGCAGAGUGUUCCUCUGCCCACCCUCACACACCUGGCCUGGCGGUCCGUGCCAAGUUCAUCUUGCCCCCCUAACUUACCUGUCAUUUGUUUGUAAUAAGUACAUAAGGUUAUUUAGGUGACUCAUCAAGCAAAGCUUGGUCUAGGAUUUAUUAUUUUUGGUAGAACUGCCCCCCCUCCCUUCCCCCUUUUUCCUCCAUGGCAGUUGUGAGCAGCUGGUCAUGGCCCUUGUGUUUUAGCUGCCAAUAUAGGCUGCCUCUCCCCCCACCUGAAACCCCCCCUGUGGUGGAGGCCGGUGGGUGGGUGAUGAAUGUGUGUCAGCCAAGAAGCAGCAUGAGGGAGAUGUGCAGCGGACAUGUGAUGUUCAUGGCAUGAAAUGCCUGGUUGGCUCAGAGCCCUGCACAUCCUCCCUCCCGCCUGGCAUUGCUGCUACCAGCCAGGCGGCACCACUUGGCAGCAUGAGAGGGCCACACUACAGUCAGCCCUGCAGAUGUGACAACUUUCAAAAGCCUGAAUUGUUUGUUAUACUCAAUGGGGUGCACUCUAAAAUAAAUUGUGUCCAAAGAAU